UGCGAUUUAAGCUUUCUUGAUUAAAUAUCCAACAAUAUAAUAAUAGAAAUUGGAAGUUUGAGACCCAAAUUUCCUUGGGGGUGAAAUAUUACAUUCUCGUGUGCUACAAGUUUUGCACGUGAGCUGCUUGCUGAAAUGCCUGAGAAAAAUCUGGCUUCUGAAAUUGUGCCCUCUACAUUGACUUAUCAAAUUCCUCUCGCAUCUCGUGUGCCAUUCUGAUGAAAAUCUUAUUGAUGGAAUGGAUAAUUAUGUUCUAGUUUAUUGAUAUUGCGUUUGCUUUUGGUUUGGAAGCGUACAUGAGGCUGGUUAAGAUGCCACUGACGGCCGAGCUAAGCUGCAGAAGAGAAGGUACGCAGAUAUGAAGUAUUUAAUAUUAUAAUCCGAUUGUAUGAAGCUUUUAUAAAUGGGAGAAUAGCAUCCAUAUUGUCAUGUCUUUUGUUAAAGAGUUAUGGAGCCGCAAUCUGCCCAAGAAAACAAAGGCUUUUCAAGCUAAUGAGAAACCUCAAUUUCAACGGAGAAUCAGCCUGAUUCAAUCAAGUUCUGAUCCUUAUACACCAACUGCCCAAAAUUCAGCUGUUAUUGCUGUGUCUGAUGGUUUUUAUUCUCCAGAGUUCAGGGGUGAUUUUGGAGCUGGCCUUUUAGAUCUUCAUGCCAUGGACGAUACAGAGCUUCUACCUGAGGUAUGUCUCUUUAUGGAGCGCCAAGGGGCAAGUCCACUUUUUUUCUUUUUUCUUUUUGCAACAGAUAUGAUUAUCAAGGGCAGGGAGGCUUAUUUACAGGAAACAAUAUGAAUAAGUUAAACGAAAUUUGCUUAUCCAUAAAGAAUAAUCCACUAAAAUAUGCAGAAUAAUUUGACAGUUGUUGCUUCUGUGACCUUAAAAUGGAGCAACUUAUAAAAGCAGUUUCCACCCAUCUCAUCUUUUUUGGGCACUUCUUAGUAUUUGCCUCGCCAUUUACAUUCAUUACUGGAAUAAGGAGACAGAAAGAAGGUUUUAUUUGUAAAUAUAGGAUAAUUUCAGCAUUAGAACAAUUUAUGUCACUAUUGAUUAUAAGAGAGGACAAUGAUUAAUGAUAAAAAGAUUCAAAGAGGAAGAAUGUUCUUUUAUAUUAAUGGAAAUAAAUUCUAAAAUUAUUUUAAUAUAAUUUACAAAAUACAUGAUAUUCUAAUUAAUUAAGUCAAAAGAUAGGGAUAACAUGGUAAUUAGUCCUAUAUAAAUUAGUGAACAAUGGGAUAGAUAAGUCAUAUGAUCACACUUUUAUUUAAUAAAAAAAAACCUUUAAAAACUGUGAGAAGUGUGAACUAUGAAGUUUCUUUUGUCAGCUUCCCUCUCCUGUGGCUGUGGGUAGGGCCACAGGGAGUCAAUUGUCCACGGGGAGCCCUUCCUAAACAUGAGAUGUCUCUGGUAUACCUAUCUUAGGUGCUCCAGGACUAUUCAUAUUAUCAACCAGAUUAACUACUUAUAUAAAGACCCAGAUUUUGUUUGAAAUGGAGCAAGUUCCACCUUCUCCUUUUCUCGACUUUCUUCCUCUCUAUAAGUUUUAUUUCACAACCCAGCGACAAUUUGUCUCUUUUGCUUCUCCAAGCCAAUGGCAGAAACUUCUCAUUCUGUUACUGGGCCUGCUGCAUCACCCAGUAGUCUGGGUGCUGCCCAAAAUUCCAACAUGGAUUUCUGGUACGAUAUCUACAAUAACCAUCUAAAUGAUUCAGUAAUAGGACCUUCGAGGCUGGACUAUGAAUGGGGUUAUGUUUUUGGCAACUCAUCGUCCAAGACAAGGAAGAGGAAGAAGAAGGAUGUGGGCAGCACCAGUACUGCAUAUAGUAACAGUGAUCUUUCAGAGGCUCUGUCUGCAAUUUCUGCACAUCUGAGUCUAUCUUCGUCUGGAUCAUCAUCUUUACAUAGCUCUAGAGAAGGAGAUCAAUAUCAAGAUACUGAGAAGGAUGUUGCUGGAUUCAUGAAGAAUCAUGUUGGAAUUUUUCAAGAUGAGACUCUGGAUAAUUCAACGGAAAACUGUGCAAGUUUUGACAUUCAUUCAUUAUCAUCAGAGAGUGAGGAAGAUGAUGCACUAUCAUCUAGUAGCAAUGAAGACGAGAUACAAUCCUUAUCAACUUUCAAUGCAAGUAAAGGAACUCAGGAAGAUAAUUUUCAAGUACCAGAACUUGGAAUGGUAUUCUCUUCUGAUGGCGAGGUUUAUGAAUUUUACAAAAAGUAUUCUAAAAGAAUUGGUUUCACUGUAAGAAAAGGAAAGGUGCAUCGAUCAUCCAAUGGAGACAUUAGAGAACGGUUCUUUUUUUGUUCAAGAGAAGGGUUUCGGUCAAAGAAGCAAGCCAACAAGCUAACGAAGUUCAAGAGAAAAGAAACCAGAACAGGCUGCAGAGCCAGGAUCAGGUGUACAGUAGAAAAUGGAAAAUGGGUAAUCUCCCAAUUUUGUCAAGAGCACAAUCAUCAACUUGAUGGUUUCAGUAAAACCUUUGAGCCCUACUUGGUGCUUCCCACCCGAAACGAAGCUGGGGCAACAAAAUAUUUUGAGUUUGGCAAGAUGGGUUGCAGUACCUAUGUCCAUGAAGCAAAAAUAAAUAGCCUACAAGCUGAAGAUGCUCAAAGCUUAAUAAAUUAUUUCAGACAUAUGCAGGUUGAGGAUUCGUCAUUCUUCUAUGCAGUUCAAGUAGAUGCCAAUGGCUGCAUGACAAAUUUCUUCUGGACAGAUGGCAGGUCAAAGAUAGACUAUGAAUACUUUGGUGAUGUUCUUAUUUUGGACACAGCUUUUAAGAUGGACAAGUUUGGAAUGAUUUGUGCACCCUUUCUGGGACUUAAUCAUCAUCAACAGUAUGUCCUAUUUGGCUGUGCUUUUUUGCUUGAUAAGAGCAAUGACUCAUUUUGUUGGUUGUUUGAGACAUUUAUGGAAGCUAUGAGAAGGCGUCAACCAAAAACAAUUUUUACGGAUGAGGGUCAACCAAUGGUUGAUGCAGUAAAAAUGGUAAUGCCGGAAGCAAAUCAUCAACUUGGUUUGUGGUAUGUCUUCCGGAAUGUGUCAAAACACCUACCCACAUACUAUGGGCAACCUGACUUCGCAAGCCUCUUUAAUAAAUGCAUCUCUGGUUGUGACACACAGGAAGAAUUUGAGUCAAGAUGGAGUUCUUUGCUGGAACAGUUUGAUCUUCACAAAAAUGCAUGCCUUAAUACAUUAUACAUGUAUAGGAAAAGAUGGGCUCAUGUAUUCAACAAGCGAACUUUUGGUGCUGGCAUUCACUGCUUGGAAAACAUCAAAAAUAUUUUUCAAAAUUUUACAAGUGAGACCAUGAGUCUACCAAAGUUUGUUCAACAAUAUUUUCUAGCUGCAGAACAACAACGUAGAGAAGAGUUAUAUGAAGAUUUUCAUUGCAAUGGAAGUGCACCCGAAAUGACUCUUCAUUAUGGUUUGGUUGAGAAACAAGCAGCUAGUAUGUAUAUACACUUGCACAGUGUUCUCUGCGUUCCAGGAGGAGUGGAGAAAACUUUCAUCAGUGGCGUUAAGGGAAAUUUCUAGUAAUGGACCGAUUUCUACGUUCAAAUUGACAGAGGUGGGCCCAAAGGAAAGCAUUUUGGAAUACAAUUGUUUGGAUUCUAGUAUUAGCUGUAGUUGUGGGAAAUAUGAAUCAGUUGGCAUUUUAUGUGCGCAUGCCUUGAAGGUACUCAAUGCAAGAAACAUUUUAUGUAUACCACCCAAAUACGUAUUAAAGAGGUGGACAAAGUCUGCUAAAGAUGGUAUAGUGACAGAUCUCCAUGGACAAGAGGUGACUGGCAGAAAGCAAAAGCCAGUUGAUUUCCUUAUGCGCAAAGCUUUGAAUGUAAUUACUAAAGGUGUAUCAGUCAAGGAGAGCCAAGAUAUAGUUGAGGAUUGCUUAGACAUGACAUUAAAAAGGGUGGAAGGAGUUCUGAAAUCAAAGAACAUAAAUGAUCUUAAAACAACAGAUGCUGAAGCUCAUUAUGAAGACAGUAAUGGCGUCUGCAAUCAGCUUUCAACAGAAGUAAUGAAAUUGGCAUUGGUUUUAGAUGUCACAGUGGUGCGUGGACCAGGUUCAACUUAUGAAUUGAAAUACAGUUUUAGGAAGCAUUCGGAGAAGAAAAUGGGAGAGGCAACCAAAGAUGGUAGGUCCUGAUAUAAUCUCUCUCUGAGAUCUUUGGUAACUCCUUUUGGUAUUGUACGAGAAUUCUUACGUGAACCAAUGAUAUGUCUUCGUUAUAUGCAAUGUAAAGCUGUUAAGAGCAGUUAGAGAAAUUGUUAGCUGGUUAAUGUACCACUGAGGCUAGAAAGACUAUUAACCUGGAUGAUUCCAGAUUGUACGAACUUGUCUUGAGUUUGGUAAAUAAUACAACUAUUUUCGGUGCUCUC